AUGACGGACAAUAGAAGCUACUCUAAUUCACCAGACAAAUUUCCUGUCUUCUCUGAUUCUGCCCACUUGCCGCUGCCCAGGUCCUUCUAUCUGGACCCCAUGGUCACUUUCCACCUGUGUCCUGAGGCCCCAGUGCCAUCUCCUUACUCUGAAGAGCUGCCAUUGCUGCCAUUUUCCAGUGACUCCCUGAUCAUGGAAAAUUAUGGUGAACCCUGCUCCUUCACAUUCCCAAUGCCUUAUCCAAAUUACAGAAGGUGUGAAUACUCCUAUGGGCCAGCCUUUAUCCGGAAACGGAAUGAGCGGGAAAGGCAACGGGUAAAGUGUGUCAACGAAGGCUAUGCCCAACUGCGACAUCAUCUGCCAGAGGAGUAUCUGGAGAAACGACUCAGCAAAGUGGAAACCCUUAGAGCCGCAAUCAAGUACAUUAACUACCUACAGUCACUUUUGUGCCCUGAUAAACCCGAGACCAAGAAUAAUGCCAGGAAAGGCUCCUCCCUAAUGGCAACCACCAGUCACCAUGCUGACCCAAUUUUUAGAAUUGUUUGAAUCAGCAUUUCAAAAUAGAAACAGAUAAUUCCACAAAAUAAGAUCUCUGACAGCAUCCUUCAAUUGUUUUUUCUGUAUGUAAUUUCUGUGUGGACAGAUACAGUUCCCAUGCUAACCUAUGCUGGGUAUUAAUAAUACAUUAUCUUAUGUAGACUGAUAAAAUGCUUUGCUCAUUUCUUUCAAGAGCUCUAGUAGAGCAGAAUGGAUUUCCCAGGAACCUCUGUACUUUUCACCCUGCCCUUCUCACACACUUGGCCCACUUCUCAGGUGUCAGAAGCUCUCACAAAAGCAUGAAAAGUGACGAGUGACUACUCUAGUGCUAGAGGUAUAUUUUGCAGCUACUUUGUGCUAAGCUGUCACAAUGAAUCUGCCUUGAUUUGUCAGAUGUUUGGUGGUUCUUAUUUAUUUGGUGUUGACAAGAAGUCACAAUGAGAAAACAUCUCAGGGUAAAAACAAAAGUAGUCUAUAAAACUUUUUGUCCUUUGAAAAGAUUUCAGAUUUAUCUUUUUCCUGCACUUAGACUUCCUUAGGCAGCUUAGUACAGAGCUUCAGAAGGUAGUCUCUGGACACUAACUGCCUCAGUUUCAAAUUUCACUCCUGCUUUCAUUCUGGAUCUUGGUUCUUCAUCUGCAGUGUGUGAAUAAUAACAGCAACACCCCUGUGUUUAUUAUGAGGAUUAACUGUGCCUAACACUGAGUACAUAUCCAUAACCAUUGUUUUCUAACAUCAUUAUUAUUUUUAUCUUGUUUUGUCCAUAGUAUUAUCAUCCUCCAAGCCCAGAAAACUUUCAGCUGCCAGGCCUUUCCUUCACCCUUGGGAAGGAGAGUCCCUGGCCUGUAUCUUAGAGAUUGCCUUCAAAAUGUCUCCAUUUCUACUCAAGGCUAGCUUCAGUGCUUCCUUCCCUCUUUUUUUUUUUUAAUUAUUAUUUUUUAGUUGUAAAUAGACACAAUACCUUUAUUUCUUUUUAUGUGGUACUAAGGAUCAAACCCAGUACCUCACAUAUGCUAGGCAAGCUAGCGCUCUACUACUGAGCCACAACCCCAACCCAGCUUCUUUCCAACUUAACUCCCAGGUCCCAUCUGUCACCAAGCAUAGUCAAGACUUCCCUCACACUGUCACAUUCAUCUUCACUGUCAUGUCUGAAUUCUUUCUCAACUUCCAUUCCCUACCAUUAGUUGCACCUUCAUUUUGUAUAUAAACUUCUCUUGUAGUUCCUCUCCUUUUAUCAUUAUGCACUUAUCUCUGUAUUUUCAGUAGAUAGAUAACAAUCAUAUUCAUUGUAUUUUCCUUAUAAAGAGCCUCAACUCAGGUAGGUAUCAAUAAAUAUAUGUUGUUACUAUUUUCCUAUUCCAAUCCUGUCACCUUGCAUCUGAAUCUUUGUUAACUAUGGCUUCUCUGGCCUCCUAGGCUUGUGUUUCCAACUGGUUCUACCCUCACUCUGAUGUCUUACAGAGUUUCAGGUUACUUUGUUGCUCCAACUGUUUGAUGGCUUCUUUUUAAAUUCUUGUUUAAAUGUAUCCAUUUGCUUUUCAAAGCUCACUACAGUCUAUUCCCAUCCCAAAUGGGAUAGGACACAUACCCUGUCAGAAGCAAACCACAGGGCUGGGGUUGUAGAGCACUUGCCUAGCAGGUGUGAGGCACUGGGUUCAAUUCUCAGCACCACAUAUAAAUAAAUAAAGAUCUAUUGACAACUUUAAAAAAAUUUAAAGAUUUCUUGAAAGUUAAAGCAAACCACAGUCUUUCAAGCGUAUUCUUUGCUUUGUUCUUGCCUCCUACCUAAUCUAGAUUAUUCUCCUUUCCCCCUCCACCAUUGAAAUUCCAUUGUCUUAUUCAGGACUCCCCUCAAUGGCAGCCUUCAUCAGUCUUUUUUAGACUCUAUGUGCCAAGUAAUUCAGCCUUUAAAGUAUAUGGGCCUGGGCUACAGUUAUUCUUGUAACUACAAAAUUAUGUGUUGUAUGCAAUCAUUGCUUAAGAUAAUUUGGGUUGCAAGCAAGAAAAAACCCCAGUCUAGAUUGGCAUAACCAAGAAAGGGACUUUAUAGGCUCAUAUAACUGAAGGACUCAACAUUGUCACCAAGGACCUAUUUUUAUAGGUCUAUUCUGACUUUCCCUGGAAAUAGCUUUUGUGUCCCCAAAAGGCUAUCAUGUGCCUUCUUAUUUGUACACAGGAAGAAAGAAAAAGUCUAUAACCCAGGAUUCCCAGAAAAAAGUCUUGAGAUCCCUUCUUAUUGGAGAGGAACAUACCAUGCCUAAUGAACCCCUGUGACCAGGAACAUGAAUGUGCUGACACACCUGGAGCUGGGAGUACAGUCUACUUCUCUGUGUAUAGGGAUCUGCAGACGGAAACAAGAACCCAUGGAAGGAGGGAAUGGAUGUAGGGGAGAUAUCCACAAAUUCCCUACAUAUUUUUUAGCUACUCAACACAGGGCCAGACACCAUCAGUGCACAGUAACUGUGAGAUUCCUCAAAAUAAGCCUCUUCCUAUGGAUAUUCAAACAAGAACAGAAUCUAGACUUCUGUUCCUUUGGUCACCAGUGUCCACUCCCUGUAUUCCUAAUGGUUACCACACCUCUGCUCUUCAGUAAAGUCCUGUCUGUUUCAAGCAUAACCACACCUUUGGUUAUUUUGUUUUAAACCUUGAAAAAUUCUUGGAGUCCUUAGGCCAGCCAGUGGCUUCCCCCACCCCAGCCUCCUUUCUGUUUAGGGUAGAGUUAGAUCAAAAGCACUGAGUCUCAUUAGGGGUCA